ACGAGCUGUCAAGAUGGCACCCUUGAUCGUGAGGGGUUGCCUAAGUGCCCUUAAAUGGGCCCCUGUUAUCUUCAUAACGGCGGUUGUUGUUUGGUCGUAUUAUGCCUAUGUGAUCCAGAUGUGUAUAUUUACUGUGGAUAGCAUUGUAGAAAAAGUGUUCUAUCUCUUAUUGUACCACCCAAUACUUUUCUUCUUCAUGUGGUCUUACUGGAAGACCAUAUUCACAGAUGUCGCAGUUGUUCCUAAACAGUUUUUCCUGUCUCCACAAGAUGCAGAGAAAUUGGAACAGGAGGAAAGUGAUGAUAAUCAAAGGCAGUUACUUGCUCGAUUUGCUAGGAACUUACCAGUUCAAUGUAGGACAGUAUCAGGCGCAUACCGGUACUGUGAAAAAUGUAAAGCCAUAAAGCCUGAUCGAGGCCAUCAUUGUUCAGUGUGUGAAUGUUGUGUGCUAAAAAUGGAUCAUCACUGUCCUUGGGUGAACAACUGUAUAAACUUCUCCAAUUACAAGUUUUUUGUACUGUUCCUUGGUUAUUCAUUUCUCUACUGUAUCUACGUGGCCACUUCCUCACUCAAGUACUUCAUAGGAUUCUGGACGGAGGGUCUGAAUGGAGAUUAUGGCAAAUUCCACAUCCUAUUCCUGUUCUUUGCCUCUGUUAUGUUCGCUAUUAGCUUGAUCUCACUGUUCGGGUAUCAUCUAUAUCUUGUAUCAAAUAACAGAUCUACCUUAGAGUCUUUCAGAGCUCCCAUAUUUAGGACAGGCCCCGAUAAACAUGGUUUCGACCUCGGCAGUCGGGCCAACAUACAAGAGGUGUUCGGUGAUGACAAGCGCAAGUGGUUCUUACCGGUCUUUUCAAGUCUUGGUGAUGGGGUCACAUACCCCACACGCACGGGCACAAAUGGUGGCGCCUCCUAUAAUACGAUGGGAAACACAGAGACCAGUGAUACUAAAUUGCCAAGUCCGACCUCUACCACUAACCAUGCGGGCACGAAAGAGAGCAUGGGAGAUGGAGUGACUUACCCAACACGGAGUGAGGAUAUUGAUUCCGAUCACCUGUUGGCCCAGAGACAGAGGUGGGCCGAGGAAGGAGAAAAUGAUGAUUAUGGCAGUCACCGUGUUGAACAUACUCCCAGCCAACGAACAUCAACUACACAAUUACUCGCAGAGUCCUAGAAGGUGCAACCAAAGUGAGCUACACGAACGAGGUCGCGUUGACUGAGAGGACGGAGGAACGCAUGUAAAUAAACUCAGAUACAUGUAUCAUUCUAUAGGAAACGAGCUUAAAGAAAAGUUUGGCGACUAGGGCCAGUUAUUGGAUUUGCUGACAUUAUAGGAAAGCCAAGUGGAAUGACAGUAUUAAGGGUACAAACCGAGAACAUAUUGAUAACAUUUUGUUGAGUAGAAUUGGCUGACUGUCAAUCGACAAUUAUCUUUGUUGGAUUUGGUCGUGUUGAUCGGCGGAGAGUACUUCAUUCAGGUAACGAAGUGUGGCCUGCAUGCACCUUCAGGCCGUUGAUUUGGAAGCAGUGCAAAGAGGUUACGCGUCGUGUUUAUACUUAGAAAAGUGCUCGUCAUGUCGAGCUGUCAUAGUUUAGGUUAAGGAGCUCCUCGGGAAAAAUCUGUGGCUAUCCAUGUUAGACAUCUGAUGGAUAUCUUAGGUAAAUCAACGAACAAACAUGAUACAAUACAGAAAGUAGACAUGCAGACAACAAUGUAGAUUAAUUAUGAACAUCCACAGAUUUUUCCUGCGUAGACUUAGAGCGUCGUAAUGCUAUUUAAUUGAUGUGCAGCUAAGUUUCAACUUGGCUGCUACUGACUCCAUUUGUUAGGAUUCGAGAAGUUGCGGCGUGACCUUCCAGGUGACCUUCAUGUUGAUUAACAAAUCAGUGAAUUAAUUACUUCACAGGGUGGCCCAUAAACAGGACAACCAUACUUUCACCACCGGCAUACUUUCAUUGGCAUUGGAGCCAAAAUGGCUGCAUGAAAUUGAGAUUGGUCUCAUUUCUCCUCUAGAAAGAGUCUGGUACUGGUGCUUGGAGUGUGAGGGUGGUGGAGAUAUGCUUGUCAGUUGUUUUGGGCCAUCCCGAAUUGUUUGACAAAAGCUCCAUGCGCUUGAUGUUCCUUAAAAGUUUCUGUGAACAGUGACACCAGUGCAAUAUUUACGUUUUGAUUUAAGUCUGUUGAUGAUGUUUGUGGCUCGUUCAUGUAAUGAAAAUAAUAUAUCGAAUUUGUGAGAUAAAAAAACAAGGGAAGAGAAACGACUUGUGCUAUGUUUUACUCCUUAUCGUCGAGCACUACUUCACUGUAUCUGUGGUUCGGUUUCAUAAAAUGAAGUUCAGCAAUGUUAUAUUGAUGUUUCUGCAUGAAAUGAGAAAGUCAUAAUCGCCCUUAUCGACCAAGUGCAUUCGUGAGCUUGUUUAUGUGGUGACCACAAUAUAAAUAAGUUCACCAGCGGAGUUGGCCUUUAAGUUUACUUGUUGGAGACACAGUCUCCUGUUCUGUCUGUAUUGUAAAUUGGAAAUGAAAGUGGACUCCGCCUUUAAGACUACUGUUCUGCCUGUAUUGUGAAUUGGAAAUGAAAGUGGACUUCACCUUUAAGACUACUUAUAGGGGACAGAGUCUUCUGCCUGUAUUGUGAAUAGGUAAAAUGAAGUGCCGGAGGGGGGGGAUUAUGUCUUUGGGGAUGAAGGGAAUCACCUUUGAUGGUCUGCAACAGACACCUGAAGGGUUACAGUAAGGAAGGUGGUACAAAUAUGUCUAGAAUUGUAACACUUUACCAUGUAUCUAUAAAAAAGUUAAUAAUCUUAGAUUAAUUCUCAUCUGAAUAUUAUUACUAGGUGCUUUUUUGCUGCUGUAACUUUAUUUCACACCAUAUCUAGAUCAUGUUGUCAGUGAGAAUUAUUUCUUAUCUGGAUGGUCAUUUCAGUAGUUCCUUUGUCUUGGCUGAGUGAUAAUGUUGCAUAAGUUGUUUGAAAAAGACAUUGGGUGUCUAUUAGAUAUUGAAAAUUCCUUCAUCAUACCUAAACGUAUAAGAUUCAAGUUGCAUGUUCAGAAGUUGACUCAUAAGUCCAACUAUCAAAAAAAAUUUUUUAGUUUGGAUGAUAAUUCUUAUAGAUAAUGAUAUUAGGUGUGGUGCAUGUAACAGUAUUAAAAAAGUCACAACUGAGAUAAAGGUCGCUCAGUGAAUUGGGCACUUGUUGAAAGGCACCAUUUUUUGUCAUUGAUUGAAGCACAUGCACUGAAUUCCUAACAUGGAUUACUUCAAAUACACUGUGACAUUAGAACAAAACAUCCUGAAGAAUGACUACAAACAUCAGAUAUAAAAUCUCUUUCGUGUUAAUGUGAUUUAUAAAAUUUGAGCCUCAACUGUCUGAAAUGGUACUGUGAAGUUGAUCAGGAGCAGUUACGAAUUUUCCAUUGUUGGAACACUGUCCUUUUCCUUGACAUUUUGUUGGUAACCUGGUACAGUGAUUUUGAGAUUUCAAAGAGGUUAGGUUGUGUUGUAUUUCUGGCUCCUGUCAUUACAAUAUCAAAUAGGGGGUCGAUGCAAAAGGUACAAUGUGUACUUGCCUAAUCAGUGGUAUGGGAUUUUGUGGUUACAGGUACUACAAAAUCUCUGAAGUUGCAACGGCUCCUGACGGCAUUUACAGCACAUCGGCCAAUAGUUUGGUCCUUUCUUUCUAGCCAGAUGUAUCAGAGAGCUAUUUUUGAACUUGUUAGAUGUGAUGUGACUGUAAAUACUACAUAAACAAGAUAGCAAUUGCAUUUAGAUACUAACAAUGCUUUUAGGUAGUAUGCAAUAGCUAAAAUCAUUACAUGGAGAGUGGUUAGCGGGAAUUGAAACUUGUCAAAAAGUGUUACAAAGCACAAGGACAAUAGGUUUGUUACUUAAGUCUUCGGAAAAUUUCCAACUGCACAAUGCAAGUGAGCUCAAUCUGUACACAGUGAAGCGUUCUUCCUUGUAACAAGACCUCUGACUACUCAGCUUGGCAAUCAAUUCACAUGAGAAGUCAGAUCCUGCACAGUCUAUUUCAAACUCUGAUUUGCAUACAUAUUGACGAGUAUAGAUGAAUUUUGACAAUUUUUCCUGUCAGUGUGCGCAAUGUAUUUUUGGAUAGACUUGUAUAAAUCGUGAGCUUUAUUAGCUGGGUGUAUGUCCUGCCUUUGUGAACUGAAUGAUACGUGCCCAAAACAGUUGAAAAUAAGACAGUUGUCCUCUCCUUUCAGUCUCCUCGCGCUUGCCAAGGCUACCAAUCAAUGGGUUCUUAUCCAACCCAGUUGGUUGUGACUUUGUCCUUAGGACGUCACGUAGGACAUUCGUUCUGUAGGGUGUUCAGAUGAUUAUUUGCAUGGGGGGAGGAGGAGGAGGCCACUCAUAGAGGUCGAUUGGCUGAUACCAUUGAUUGUCUGUGCUUAUAGUUGACUACACCAUCUAUGUUGACUUGCCAGAGCCUUCAAGACAAAUAAAAAACCUUCAAUGUACCCAAAUAAUAUGCUACAGCAUCUGCCUUGUUCUCAACUGUUGAUGUUACAAACUAUUUACAUUUCUUCUAGGAUUCUUUUCCAUUUUAGUGUAAAUAUCAGCAGGUCUCUGUCAUUUGUACAUUAUGGUUGUGCUAAUAAAGGCACUUAACGAAAA